AUGAGAGCAGCCACAAGAAAUCAUGUUACGAAUCGACUAUUCAUGACUACCUUCCUGGUAGCCUUCUCGUCGGUAGCCUUGGGGUCCGUUUUGCCGUGUCCGGCUCACACACUAGACUCCGACAGUCCCACACACGAUCACCAGCGAGCAAACCAGCACCAGAAGCCCGCUGUUCAACAAAACAAGGUUACAGAUAUAUGA